AUGGGCGUGCGUGCAAAAGCCACGAACAACAAGCACACCGUUAAAAAUCGCUUUCAAAAACUGAGCCAUUGCUUAACAAAAUUUCAGGCUUUUGUUGCUAUCAUCUCCGCUUUGGCUUUGGCCACCGCUGACCAAUCCAGCCAUCAAACCAUCAAGCACGGCAAUGCUCCGGCUGUCCACUCCUCCAUCCACAAGCCCCAAUGUGGCUCUCAUGCCCAUGUGGUGAGCCAACCCUCCGCUCAGCCCAAUGAGGUCAACGGCUACAACGAGGAGAAGUACACCGCCGCUGCCCACGCUCCCACCACGAAGUCCGCACUCCCGCCUAUCACCAACCCCGCUUACAAGCCCGCUCCCUACCACCCAGCUCCCGCAUAUAAGCCCGCUCCUUAUCACCCUGCUCCCGCUUACAAACCUGCACCUUACAAACCGCCUCUUCUUAUAAGCCCACCCCUGCCUACAAGCCCGCUCCAUACCACCCUGCCCCCUCUUUAUAAGCCUGCCCCUUACCACCCCGCUCCCGCUCAUGGUCAUGGUGAUGAGUAUGAAACCGCCCCCGUCUACCAAUACGGUUAUGCUGUGGCUGAUGACUAUUCCGGUGCCAACUUUGCCCAAAACGAGAACCGUGACAACUAUGCCACCAACGGCGAGUACCGUGUGGCCCUUCCCGAUGGUCGCACCCAAAUUGUGAGCUACAACGUGGCCGAUGCUUAUUCCGGUUAUGUGGCUGAUGUCAGAUACGAAGGAGAGGCCAAGUAUGAGCCAUACCACCCAUCCCCCAAGCCGGCUUACCACCCUGCUCCCACUUACGCCUAAACGCCUUAGCCUAUCUUGUUGAUGAUAUUUAUUGCAAAGCAUAUUUAUCAAUUAAACUGGAACACCUCGUAACUAUGGGAACCAAAUCAAUAACAAGCUGGUCAAAACGUUUGUAUAAUUCAAAUAUUUUUGCCCUCAAAGUAUGUAGGUGCUCUUUUUUUGCAUACAAGAUUUGUAACAAUUGUAGUGAUCAGCCAAUUCCAGCUGACUGACAGUUCUUCUGGCUAUAUUCAGAAUGCAAAUUUCUUCCAAGCACCUUACGUCCACAAACUUUCCUGUAUCCCCCACCACAACAGUUGCAUCCUGACGUUUGGUUUUACGCCUUACCACGUGAAUAAAGAGAUGUAAACCCUACAAAUCUAAGCCUUGUAGAGGUAUUUUGCGUGGAAAAGCUUUCUACUGUUCCAUCAUUUUAUUUGUUAUUGGUCACUCCUUGAAAACAUAAAUAAAAAACAAAAAAGGAGUUGACUACUUUCCCAACAAUUUAGUUCCCUCAUCCUUUCUCACGUCGACAGCUUCUACAUCACAUGGCGC